UCACAUUUGGGGGCCGGUCCCUAGGCCGAAAAUUGGAACUGACAGUACAGCAAAGAUGGCUGAUGAAAAGGAACCUCCUCCUCUGUUUGAUAACGUGGAAAUUAACAAAAAUGAUGAACUCGAUGACGACGACGAUGAUCUUUUCGCAUCAGCUGUUCAGGACCAGCAUCAGCUCAAUGAUGAUUCACCUUACAAUGGAGUGAGCUCGAUACAGGCAGAGCUUCCUAAAUUAACUUUGCGAGAUGCAGCAGAGCAAAAUUCUGUUUCAUCUAUUUCGAGUCCUCCUCCGGGACCCUUGAGCCCUACUCUUGAUCCCAUGGGUAGUGAUCUGGGAGAAAUGGAUGAAGUGCCUAUUAAUGAUAACAAUGACAUACCCCCAUCAAAAAGUGUCUUCCAAUCGCAAUCACUUGAAGAGGUGCCGACAGAGUCAUCGGAUGUAUUUUUAAAGAUCACAAUUACCUCACCUCAAAAAGUUGGUGAAGGUAUGGGAGCAUAUGUUGCAUAUAGAGUUGAGACUAGAACUAACAUGCGAAUAUUCAGAAAGCAGAGCUUCAGUGUUGUCCGCCGCUUCAGUGACUUUCUUGGUCUUCACGACAAGCUCACUGCAAAGUAUCUGAGAAAUGGCCGAAUCAUCCCACCGGCACCCGAAAAAAGCGUAAUUGGUAUGACAAAAAUAAAAAUGUCCGGGGAUAAGUCCCAAGAACACAAUUCGAGUUCCACCGAAUUCAUUGAGAGGCGCAGAGCAGCACUGGAGAGAUAUGUAAAUAGAACGGCCGCCCACCCUGUCCUCAGCAUUGAUCCCGAUUUUAGAGAAUUUUUGGAAGCUGAUAUGGAGCUGCCCAAGGCUACGAAUACGUCCGCUCUCAGUGGUGCUGGAGUAAUGAGGCUUUUCAACAAAGUUGGAGAAACGGUUAAUAAAAUCACCUAUAAAAUGGAUGAAAAUGAUUCGGAGGGUAAGUGGUUUGAGGAAAAAACAACUCAAAUUGAUUCUCUCGAUACGCAAUUACGCGCGUUGCACUCCGCCGUCGAUAAUUUGACUAAUCAAAGAAGAGAAUUGGCCAAUUGCACAGGUGCCACUGCAAGAUCUGUGGCUGUACUUGGUCACGGUGAACCGGGAGCUUCUCUCGGAAGAGCGUUAGCUCAAUUGGCUGAAACUUUAGAAAAAGUUGAGAUAGUUAGAAGAGCUCAAAGUAACAGUGACCUGUAUCAAUAUGGAGAAAUGCUGAGAGAUUACGUCGCAUUGAUUGGUGCAAUCAAAGAUGCCUUCCACGAACGUGUGAAAGUAUUCCAAAAUUGGCAGCAUGCUCAACUAAUGCUUAACAAGAAACGAGAGCAGAAGGCCAAGUUAGAACAAUCUGGGCGCAGCGAUAAAUCCAGUCAAGCUGUGACAGAAGUUAUCGAUUGGGAAGCAAAGGUCAAGAGGGGACAAUUAGAGUUUGAUAAUAUUUCAAGAAUGAUAAAGAAAGAGGUGGAAAGAUUCGAGUUGGUCAGGGUAGAUGAUUUCAAGAAACAAUUGAUUGAAUAUCUCGAAGCAAUGUUACAACAUCAAAAUCAGUUGAUUAAGCACUGGGAAAGUUUUCUUCCAGAGGCUCGUGCGGUCGCAUGAACAUUCCACAACCAUAUAAAUAAAUAAAUAUAUAUAAAAACAAAAAGAAUAUAUAAAUGUUACAUACAUCAUAUGUAACAAUAAUAAAAGUAUCUUUUUUAAGCCUUAGGUAAUAAUUCAUAUCUGAACAUGUAUUAUCAAGGGUAAAAGUUGAGGCUCUUUAAUGUUUUGCGUCUGAGUUUUCAAGAAAACAACCAAUGAUAAAAAAAACUAAUACUUAAAACUUCAUAA